UUGUCACAAUAGAGAGCCAAAAACAAGUCAGCUCGUAUGGACUUAAAUGCCAUUUACUUUAAUCAUUUUGGUUUUUACCAAUUUGCACAAAGUUUAGUUGCAGCACUUACUGAGGACUGAGAUUUAUAGAUUUUGUAAUGUAGAGGAACGCUUUAAAAAGAGUUAACCAAGUCAUACAGUUUCAUGUAAUGUGAGAAAUAAUUUCAGUCUGUAGGGUGUCAGACAAAUUAUUUCCACAAUGGGUCAGCGCCUGAGUGAGGACAGUGACCCAGACAAGGAAAUUGAUGUGGCAGAGCUGCAGGAAUGGUACAAAAAAUUUGUUGUGGAAUGCCCAAGUGGAACUCUCUUCAUGCACGAGUUCAAGAGCUUUUUCGGCGUCACUGACAACAAAGAGGCUGCAGACUACAUUGAAAACAUGUUUCGAGCCUUUGACAAGAAUGGCGACAACACCAUUGAUUUUCUGGAGUACGUGGCGGCCUUGAACUUAGUCCUGAGGGGUAAACUGGAACAUAAGCUUAAAUGGACAUUCAAAAUGUAUGAUAAAGAUGGAAGUGGAUGCAUUGAUAAAACAGAGCUUCUUGAAAUUGUGGAGUCUAUUUAUCGACUGAAGAAAGCCUGCCAUGGAGAGCUGGAUGAGGAAUGCAAUCUGCUGACCCCAGAUCAAGUGGUUGACCGGAUAUUUGAGCUGGUUGAUGAAAAUGGAGAUGGGGAGCUCUCGCUGGAUGAGUUCAUUGACGGAGCACGGAGGGACAAAUGGGUGAUGAAGAUGCUGCAGAUGGACGUCAACCCUGGGGACUGGAUCAAUGAGCGAAGGCGCAGUGCUGACUUCUAAGGCUGUAACAUGAACUGUCAGUCUGUCACCCGCACACAUCCCUCACACAUGUGAUUAUGCAAUUAUUUUGUGAUUUUUUUUUUUACCAAUUACAGUUUAUUUGUAUGUAAAAGAAAACGACACAGCAGUCAUCCUGGCAUUGUACUAUAUGUUGUCAUUUAAGAUUUAGAUGCAUCUCCACAGCAAUGCUAUAUUUCGCUUGUAAUGGAGUUUGUUCUGUUCAUUCAUUUUGGUUCAGGUUUCACAUCAAGUUAUGUAGCAACUGAGCAACAGUUUAUUUAUCACUGGUGUUGUAGGUAUGUGUCUGCAUUUCAUAGAUGCUGCAGUCAUAAGGCACAGACUAUAUUCUCUUUAUUGUUUUGUGUAUUAAAUGAGCAUAAAAGUUAUGUAAUAAACAUACACACUCAUGGUCCUCCCUUGUGUUUUCACAUUAGUAGGAUGAUUGGACCUCUUCUUGGGACUUUGUGUGCAUGGUCAGACUGAGAUUUAUUUCUGUUUUGUUGCACUAGUCAAGGUCGGACAGUCUAUAUCUUUAUAUAUUAUUGGUGUGCUCAAUUUAAUGACCUAAUCUUCAUUUCCAUCAUAGCUCAGUCUUACUUUAACCUGAAUAGAAAUCUAAUAAACCAGAAAAAAUAGAAAACACCUGAAAGUUUGCAGAGUCUCACCCCUAAACGAAUAAAUAAAUACCAAUUUCA